UCUAUUGCCAAAAAAAUGAUGUUUGAGUUAAUUAGGGCAAGCUUAGCACCUGUUCUCUCCAUGUUUAUCAACCGUCUAGACCCUAUUCUUCGAAAAAUUGCAAACCUUGGCUGUUGGCAGGUUAUCAGCCCAGUGGAGGUGUGUGGUUUUGUAACUUCUGUCAAUGAGCUGAUUACUGUGCAGAGCAAAGUCUAUGGAAAACCAACAAUUAUCAUUGCAAAUAAGGUAACCGGAGGGGAAGAGAUUCCAGAUGGAGUUGUGGCUGUGUUAACCCCUGAUAUGCCAGAUGUUCUAUGUCAUGUUUCCAUUAGAGCAAGAAAUAGUAAGGUAUGCUUUGCCACAUGCUUUGAUCAGAGAAUUCUUAGGGAUCUGAGACUGAAGGAAGGCAAAGCAAUCUCAGUGCAACUGAAAUUUUCAAAUCUGGAAAUCAGUAGCUCAGAUUUAUCUGUUGGUCACACUGUUAUGUCUUCCACUCCUCGUGGAGUCACUUUAAAGAAAAAGACCUUUGGUGGUAAAUAUGCGACUUCAGUUGAGGAGUUCUCAAGUGAGAUGGUUGGUGCAAAAUCUCGCAAUAUCCAAUAUCUACAAGGAAAAGUGCCAUCAUGGAUAAAAGUUCCAACAUCAGUUGCCACACCAUUUGGUGUGUUCGAGAAUAUCCUUUUAACAGACCUAAACAAGGAUCUAGCAAAUAAAGUUUCCUGUUUCAAUAGACUCGUACGUGCUGGUGACCUCUCAAAACUACAAGCUAUACAGGAAACAAUCCUACAAAUGAGCGCUACUCCUCCAUUGGUCAGUGAACUUAGGAGCAAAAUGAAAAGUUUGAGGAUUCCCUGGCCCGGUGAUGAAGGUCAGGAGAGAUGGAAACAAGCUUGGCAAGCAAUAAAGAAGGUUUCGGCUUCAAAGUGGAACGAAAGAGCAUAUAUUAGUUGUAGAAAAGCUAAGGUGAAUCAUGAUCACCAUUGCAUGGCCGUAUUGGUUCAAGAAGUAAUUUGUGCUGACUAUGCUUUUGUCAUCCAUACAAGAAAUCCCUUAACCGGAGACACAUCAGAGAUUUACACUGAGAUUGUCAAGGGCUUAGGAGAAACCCUGGUGGGUGCCUAUCCUGGGCGAGCCAUGAGCUUCAUUACCAAGAAGUCUGACUUGAAAUCCCCUAUUGUUGUUGGUUAUCCCAGCAAGCAUAUAGGCUUAUUUAUUAAAAAACAGUCCCUCAUAUUCAGAUCAGACUCCAACGGUGAGGACUUGGAAGGUUAUGCAGGUGCUGGGCUUUAUGACAGUGUGAUAAUGAUAAUGGAUAAAGAGGAAGAGAUCGUGUAGGAUUACUCUUGUGAUCGGCUAAUUGUUGAUAAAAGCUUCCAACGUUCAUUUUUCUCAAAAAUUGCAGAAGUGGGAAUUAUCAUUGAAAAUUUAUACCGUUUUCCCCAGGACAUAGGGGGGGUUGUGAAGCAUGGAGAAGUAUAUGUAGUUCAAACUAGGCCACAAAUCUAGUGGUAGCAGCAUCAAGUGUUGUACUUUUACCCAAAAAAGAAAAAAAAAAUCAAGUGUUGUAAUAACAGGGAAGGUGGGAAUUCCAAUAAUUUGCCAACAGGACUUGUAAGCAACGUGGUUUCAUGCAUUUGAUUUGAACGUUUUUAGUCCUAUGGAUUUUGUUUUCUUUGUUGUAAAAUAUUUACUUAGAAUAGAUUCUGGAUGAAUAAUAUAUUCUGAAAGGGGAAAUGAACGUGCCUCGGUCAUGCACUGCUAUGCCCAGAGACGGAGGAUGGGAAAAUCUAAAAAACACCCACCUCUAUUGAUGCCCAUAUGUGCCCCCUCAUUAACUCAUGUGUUGAUUUAGAGGUCACACGAUCUUUGGUAUUCCUUUUUCCCAUUUUGAAAUCAAA